AUGGAUUUCAUGAAGAUGUUUAAAAAAGGCUCCGACCCUGCGGGGGACGGCUUGCUCGAGGAGUGCGUGAAUCCAAUCAACUUGGAAUCUUUGGGUCUGGUUGAGGGCAUUGGGCCUGCUUUGACGCCAGAUUUUGACGAUGUCGGAUUGAGUAUGCGCGAAUACAUCGAGAAAUGGAAGACGCUGUACCCGUUAACCGAAAGCGUCGACUCGGUUCUGGAGAAGCUGAAGGAGUUGAAGAAGCUGGUAUGGAGCCUGCCCGUGUGCGUUGGUGACGGAGGUGACAUAGCUCAAGGGCGUAAGUGGUACAAGCUGUGGAAUGUGGACCCUGUCAACGACGUCAAGAUAUCCGAGCUCUACUGGUGUAACGAUAUCAAUCUCUUCCGCUACCUCCGCAGCUUCAAAUUCAAGGUACAGCAGGCGUUCACGAUGCUUCGAAGGACGCUCGCUUGGAGGCGUUUCAAGAAAAUUGACGACAUCAACACGGACAACGUGGCCAUAUCAAACACUGGAGGUAUGGUCUACAGGAAGGGUUACGAUAAGAGCGGAAAACCUGUCGUGUAUUACAGGCCGAGCAAUGAAGUGGAUUUCGACCGUGAGAGGCAAGUUUUGCUUCUGUUCUUCAUGUUAGAACUGGCGAUGUUUACGUGCCUUUUCGCAGAGGGUAACGACAAGGUGGUUCUCAUCGUUGACCUCGCCAAGUGGUCCAUCAGCAAAAUGCCUAGCCUGGAGCUCGUCAUUGAUACGGUGCGUGCGUCGUCCGACCACUACCCCGGUGUCGUCCACGACAUCAUCAUCAUCGACCCGCCGAUGCUCAUGGACCCGCUCAUGCAAAUGAUCAAGGCUGUCGUGGACCAGCAGACGGCCAAGAAGAUAGUGAUGAAGCAUAGGGGCUCAAAGCUGGAAGCGUUCCUUAAGAACAAGAUCGACGUGAGCCAGGUUGAGGAAUCCAUGGGUGGAGCCAAUAAGACGCACUACGACCACGAUCUCUACUGGCCCGGCGAAACGAAGGCGGCCAUCGAGAUCCACGAGCGCAGGAAUAAAUGGAUCGCUGCGCACGAGAAGGAAUGGUUGGAGUCGAAGAAGAAUGGAGCUCCAGGUGCGCCGCUUGGAGGUGAAGAUUCCGCCACUGCGGAACCAUCUGAAACCACCGCUGAAUAA